UUGGACUGAGAGAGUGAGGAGGGUCGGCUGCUUGCAGAUCGCUCGUUUUUCCUCACCCCCCCCUUUUUACCUUUCAUUUUUUAUUUUUAAAACAUUUUUUAAAAAAAUACUAAUUCCAUCCCUUUUACUUUUUAAUUUUUUUAUACCUUAUGUAUAUAUAAUAAUUAUAUAUACACGACCAAAUACAAAUAAAAUAAUGAACUCAGUGCAAUCAAUCAACAUCCAGAGACUGUUAGAAGCAGCUGAGUAUAUAGAGAGGAGAGAUCGAGAAGCUGAGCACGGAUAUGCAUCGACGUUACCCCGCAAUGUCGAGCCAGGGACGAGGAAGAAAAUGAAAACCAAAAAGAAUUCGAGCAAUAGAUCUACACACAAUGAAUUAGAAAAGAACCGACGAGCACACCUUCGUCUCUGUUUAGAGCGAUUGAAGGAACUUAUACCACUGGGAUCAGAGUGUACCAGACACACUACUCUUGGUUUACUCAACAAAGCCAAAGCACACAUUAAGAAACUUGAAGAGCUGGAUAGGAAGUCACUGUACCAGAUUGAACAUCUGGAAAGGGAACAUCGUUUUUUAAAGAGGAGACUAGAACAGCUACAGGGUCUGCCAGAAAAUGAACGAAUACGAAUGGAUAGCAUAGGGUCCACUGUCUUCUCUGAUCAUUCAGAUUCAGAACGAGAAGAGAUUGAGGUGGAUGUUGAGAGCACAGAGUUCUCCCAUGGAGACAUGGACGAUAUUAGCACUUCCAGCAUCAGCGACCUUGACGACCACAGCAGCCUCCAAAGUGUUGGUAGUGAUGAAGGCUACUCCAGCUGCAGCAUAAAGCUGUCCUCGUCAAUUUAAAGAGGACAACUGUGAAGCUACCUGCAAAUAUGUUUGAGGGAUCACAAUAUGACUGGCUACUUCAGCUUUGGACUUUGUGGAAAAACAAUAGGUUAAGGGCAUGCACUUGUACUACAAUACUUUAUGCACAAGGCACUCACCUAGUACUGACCUACAUUGCAUUGUUUUGAGGAAAUAGCACAUAGUGCAUAGCAUUGUGGGUACAAAGCAUGACCACUAUUCAGAUUGUUUCUUUGUGUAUUCGCAGAUAAUCCAUUAGUGUCAAUGUAGUUGGAAGAUACAAGCCUUUUUUUAAAAAAAUGCACUUUUAAGCUGAAGAGCAUCUUGUUGUGUAGCCCUGAGUUCUGAUGUGAUUUGAACAAUGUCAGAAAGUUUAUGACUUCCUGACAGAUUGUUUCUAACCUGCACUUGGAGGUCUUCAUUUCCAUUAUAAAAACCGGAAAAGAUGUUCUCUUUAUGGAGACCUCACCAAUCAGAUUGUUUAAAAAUCUGUUUACUAUAGAAAGAAAAAACUACCCCAAAUAGAGAUCAAAAAACAUUUUACCAAAUUGGUAAUUUAUGGCUGAUUUUAUUUGGUGUGAGCAAAACAAAAGUCUCAGUCCCUUUUUGAUGCUCCAAGUUUUAUGAAGUUACAUCUUGGGGACUGUUUACUUCUUUUGUUUAUUUUUUGUGCUAAUGUUGUGCCUUCUAAGUUGUGCAUUGUGUUGUCAUGAAGUUAGUGUCUCUUAUCUAGUUGUCCCUGCAUGUAUUCAAGAGCAGCUUAAAAAUAGUUUAAUCUUAAUCUUUUUUCUGCACUGCACUCCAAUCUUAGUUCUAUAAUAGAAUGGCCUGAUUACUAUAAGCAUAACCCUGACCUCUCCACCUCCUUCAUAAGCAGGAACUUGAAGCCGUCAAACCGAUAAAGUUAUUAAAUUAGCUUUGCAGGAAUAGAAACCUAUGAGCUUUGUAUCUGUUGUAGCUGUUGACAUAUGUGCACGUUGCAGCACACUGUUAAUGGUGUUUUUAUAGAGAAGUGAAAGGUUCUAUUGUUGCUAUUGUAAAAUAUGUUGGUGUCAACUAUUGGAGCAUCAGAGAGAGAUUCAGGUCUACAGCCUGCAUAUUUAGUAUAUCAUCUUUAACUGAAAUUUAAAAACCACUAAGUUUGAUUAGGCCCCAGGGUCUUUAUGUUUGAAUUUAAAUUUUGCCCAUUGAAGUUCUAGUAAGUCAAAUAUUUCAAUUUGGUUUUAAAAAAUGAAAAAUUAGGCCUCCCUUUUAUCUCGAAUAUCCUGGCAAUUACUUUAAGAAUUGUGGCUUGUUGUAAUGCCAUUGCCCCAGAAAAUAAUCACCACUCCAAGACUCCUAGAGUUGAAGUGCUUAUCAGGAUAUUGUAGUUGUGUUACACGUUUCACCCAUUAAAUUUUUUGACCAAAAAAUCAUGGGUAGUUACUCCCAUGAUUUGCCGAUGUGUUGUUGAUGAGUGAGAUUCUGUGCUAGAAAUAUGCAUUUUAAAAUCAACCAGUAAACAAUUUGGGAAAUUAGUACUAUUUCUCAAAAUUAAAUACUUUUAAUUUCAGUUGAUAAGAAAGCACUUGCAUACACUCAAACAACCCUUCAAUUACACACUAGUAUGAAGCAUUUCAGGUCAGAAACCAAGCAUUGGGUCUUUGUGUUGGGUCUGGCUUACAUAAUUGGAAGUGGUCUAUUUUAAGGAGAUCUAAACUUCAAGUAAAUCUGGGUCAUCCUUGGUACAUUUGUUUGCCUCUUUGUGGGAGGAAUUGUUACAGGUUACAGUUUUAACUGGGCUUGUACAAAUAUUUACAAACGCAAUGUUGCUAAAAUGCUUCAAAUUUCACUAAAGGCAAUGACAUAUUACCUACUGCAUGUGUUUUCUAUAGAGUUUCUAACUAAAACUAUGAAAGGAAGCCAAAAGAAUUUCAUGCUCUGAGAAACUCUGAAAAUUUUAGAAUUUUUUUCACAUUAAAUAAGUUAAAACAGAUAAGAAUUUAAUUCUGGUGCUACUCAGUGACAGUUAUUUGGGACACAAUUGUAACAAAUUUGAAACUGCUUACUUGGUAGAUUAUAUUUACCUUCUUACCAGCCCUAAUUGGUUUAGUUAGUUAUCAUAUGGUCAGUACGUUUACCUGGCAGCUCUGCAAUAUAUUUUAAACAUCCUCACUUUUUUGUUUCCCUCUGCCACUUAUCUUCUAAGUGAGCAGAACUUGAAUGUAAAACAAAGGCAGCUUUUUUAAAAAAAAAUCAGAGCACUCGGCUACAGAAUCCUGUGACUGAUAAACCAACAGAUUCCUUGUGUAUUUCUAGGAUUACACUUAAUAAUGUACAGCAACUUCCAUAGGUCUACAUGAGACAUAUCCUAUAGAUAUUAUCUGAAUCUGAUUUCAUUGAUGACCAAAAUCCAGUAAGUUGUAUGCUUUUUCACUUUCACUUAAGAUCAUUUAGAAGUAAACCUGGUUAUCAUCCAAGCUCCUUGCAAUUGAAGUCAUACAGUACCUUAAUCUUCUUAAAGGGUAAAGCAAAUUAGCCGGGACUGGCAGAUUCAGUUAAUAUUACUAGAGUUCUUGGUUUGACUUUAGUAAUAUGACUUAACAAAUUUGAAUGUUGAGCAUUCAGUAAAGCUGAAGCAGUUCUUUGAAUUUUGUCAAAAGCCACUUUGGAUGCAGCAGUUACAUGUUUUAAUAUGUGUAUUCAAAUCUCCCACUUAUUCAGAUCUGGUUACUGCAUACUUGCAAACAACUGUUGCAAUAAAAUCAUGAGUAACAGGAAUUUUGUGUACAGAAGAUUGACAGGAAUACAGGCAGUUCAGAAAUGUAACAGUAGGUUGAAAAAAAAACUCAGUUGCGGGUGAGAACACAAAAGUCCAACGAAUGGCACAAUACUACCAAAAAAGCCUUAAAUUACAUCAUUACAGUGAUAGUGCAAAAAAAUGAACCUAUUUCAACACAGUAUUUUGAUGCUAUUAAAGUUUGAUAUAAUGCGCAGAAAUGUGUGAUAUCUUUCCCUUUACGUUCAGCAGUAACAGUCAGCAAUAAAUAUUUGGCAACAAUUAAAAUUUCCAAGCGCUUUGUGGGUUUUGUUAUAGGUUAUUUUUAUGAUGGAUUAGCUUGAUUAGCUCUUUAAAGAAGCAGACGUGAAAAAGAAACUGGUUAAUGGCACUAACCAGAGUUUAAUACUCAAAGUAUGCAGAGCUUUGUGUUGCUCUUGAUCAUAAUCUUCAUACUUAAUACAGGUAGUAAUGCUUUGUAUCAGUUUUACUUCAGAUGGAUAAUUUGGAAAUCCUCCCCACCCCCCCCAUCUUAAUUGAUGCCACUGCAUAAUAUCUGGAUUUUAAAGUACAAAAACUGGGCUGCUGGUUUUACAGCAGUCCUGUGCAACUAUCAUCCUGCUCUAAGUCUGUGCGAAUAUGCACUGAAUUGAUGACAAUAUCUGGUUACAUUCAAGCAACAUUUACAUUCCUGUUUGUAAAGCAUAGUCCAAGCCUCACUUCCAGACACGGUGUUGAGUAUUUUUCAUUUGUUAUACCUUCCAUGCCAGAAGUUAAAUUGUUCAACAAGGAAUGUUGUAUAUAUGCACACUUUUAGGACAGACCUAUAAUCAUCAUGUACCUGUAUUAUGUAAAGGCAGCCCAACACACAUCUUUCUCCCCUCUCCUAUAGUAUACAACACAACUUUUGUAAAUUUAUGCCAGCUGUUAACUUACAUAGUGAUAUCUUUCACAGAUGAACUUCCAAGUGCAUUUGAGUGUAACUUUGUUUUAAAUAUUAAGUAAAAUUAAACUGACCUGUAUGUUCUUUUAAACAUGAAAAGGAUGGUUAAACAAAAGGAUUGAAAAAUUCCAGUAACCUGAUUCCCUCCCACCUUCAAACGAGCUAAGGCCUACCCGAGUACUAUUCUCAAACUAAACAUGUAAAUCAAACAAAAGUUGGAGACGAUCUAAGUAUUGGAGCCCAGUUACUUAAUGAUAGUUAGCUCUGCUUCAUGUUAACAAAAUGCAAGUCCAUAGUGAAUUUAAAACCUUUCACACCAAAUUUGACAUCCUAGUAUGAUAGACCGUAAGACAUAGGAGUGGAAGUAAGGCCAUUCGGCGCAUCGAGUCCACUCCGUUAUUUAAUCAUAGCUGAUGGGCAUUUCAACUCCACUUCCCUGCUCUCUCCCUGUAGCCCUUGAUUCCUUUUGAGAUCGAGAAUUUAUCAGUCUCUGCCUUGAAGGCAUUUAAUGUCCCAGCCUCCACUGCACUCUGUGGCAAUGAAUUCCACAAGCCCACCACUCUGGCUGAAGAAAUGUCGUCUCAUUUCCGUUUUAAGUUUACCCCCUCUAAUUUUAAGGCUGUGCCUAUGGGUCCUAGUCUCCCCAUCUAACGGAAACAACUUCUCAGCGUCCACCCUUUCUAAGUUAUCUAGUAACAUUUAGUGCUCAACAACUUACUGCAAUUUCAUUAGUUUUCCUUCCCACUUACAAAUUUGGUAGAUUGUAAUUUGUUACUUGCAAGUCUGUGACCACCAGACUGGUCUGUCAUCCAACACAAGUGUACCUCAUUGUCUGUUAAAUCUUUUGAAUGUCCAUAAGUCGCAAAUCCCACUAUAUUAAUGUAAGUUCUAUCAUCCAGACAAAAAAAAAGUGCGUUCUUCAUCUUUCAGUUAGGAGAAAUAAGACUACAGAAACUCUUCCAAAAUACUACUGUAAGUCAUUUUAAAAUUGAUGCAACAUUGGUACAGGAACAAAUUUCUAUAAAAUAUCAAUUCUUAGAAUUCUGAACACCAAAUGUGACAGGAUCAGUCGUGUUUUAUAUUCUAACUGAUCAAAGCAGUUUGUUGCAAUUCAGUUCACUCCUAGCCCACUUGACUUGAAGGCAAAGUUUGCAAAAUGUGAAAUGCUUGCUAAUUAUUUAACCUCAUUUAAUCUCAACUCAAACAACUAAAAUUUUCCUUAGUUAUUUGUUAUUUUCUGAUAACUUCCUGGCUAAAAGUCAGCUCAUGAGAAGUAAGCAAUAAAUAAUAACCUGAAUAGUAAGCACAAUAAAAGCUAUAGUUUAAUUACUCAUCUCGAUGCCACCAAGCACAUCUGAGAUUCAAUAUUUUGCCCAGAUUUGAUUGAUUAUCCCUAUCAAUAUACCUACACAAAUAUGCCAAAUUUCUGUUGACAAGUUCUCCCCCAAAGUUAUACCAAAAUCAGUUGCAAUCAAAAUAACUGUAGACAGCUACUAAGUUGUUUACUGUCUGCAUAGGAAGAAUGGUUGCAUCAUACUGUCUUAAAAUUGAAAUAAUUUAAGGAUCAAAAAUAAUUAUUAUGCUCCCAUCCCUCCAAAUACAUGAUUAAUCUGCCAUAGUUGGAAUGUAACAAAAACAGAAGUUGCUGAAAAAAAAUUAAGUAGGUCUGCCACCAUCUGGAGAGAAAGUAGAGCUAAUGUUUCUGGUCCAAUGACUAGUCAGAAUUUAGACCUGAAACAUUAACUCUGUUUUCUCUCCACAGAUGCGGCCAGACUUGCUGAGGUUUUCAACCAAUUUUUGUUUCUGCUUCUGAUUUCCAGCAUCUGCAGCUCUCUAUUUUUUAUUAUAUAGUUGGAAUGUACUUUGAGGAACAAUGUGUAAUUCUCUUGAUUUAGUGAUUUCUACACAGCUUGUCACAAAUUUUCAACAGCUUUCCCAGUUGAUAUUUUCUAUAAGUACUGAAAUUUAGUAAAAUACUGAACAAGUGGAUAAAAUUUCAGUCUACGCAAGUUGCAUUUCUUGCCCCUUCCAUUUAGUUUUCUACCAUUUAUCACUUUUUAUCUCACCCAAGAUACAGAUUGCAUUUGCAUCUUUUGAAAUGGUACAGUCACAAGAGUUUACGCGCUAACACUGUCAGUUAUGGUGAACAUAAUCUUAUAAAAUAUUUACCUUCCGCCACUGCCCAAUUCCAGAUUAAGAACUUUCAUGCAGCACCUACAGAAACUUGCAAUAUUUGCAGCAGAACUUGAAACCAUUGUGUAGCACUGCCAGCCCACUAUAUCUUAACUUGCUGGAGCAUGCACAUCUGCCAAUUACAAAUAAAGGCCUCAGGCUACCUAGAAAAUAGUACUUCAUCUUAUGGAAGUGGGACGCCAAUACAUAGACUUAAGAGUUUUCGUCAACACUGAACUUUCAUAAAGAGACAAAUGUUUAAAAAUUAAAUCAGACUUAAUGAACCAUACCAAGAUUACAUUACUGUUCCUACCUACAGUAACUUGGCACUUGCUAUUAAAAAUUCAACUUAGAAAAUCCUAGUUUUCAAACUACACGAACAUAAAAAUAUAGUUAACUUUUUUAAAAAAUGGCUUUUGUCUCAGCAAUAGGUAAUUGAGGCAAGUGCUGAUGAUUAUAUACAGCAUAGUUAAAAACAGCAAAACUCAUUGCAUUAUAUUCCAGUGAAAGCAUCUGGAUAGUGCUAUUCUUUGUCCUUCUCUGUUCUUCCUCCUCCUAUUCCCCGCUUCCCUCCUCCUCACAAUUAGCAACUAGUAUUUUUGAUUCCAAAAGCCAGCAUUAUUUGACCGUAAAGAUCAACGCUGACCAAGGCCCUCCCGCAGUAACUGUAGGACAUGUGAGGUAGUGCCCAAGUCUAGAAUUUAGCAUAUCUAUUCAGUUAGCAACACAAUUUAACAGCAGUGGCAUACAUUUAUUGGUUGUAAUCAAAAUUGCACUGGUGUCAGUAUGGGUGCUAUUUAUAAUUUUAACAUUGUUUUAACAGAAUUAUUGAUAACCAUUUAUAGCCUGAAUCAUCAUGCUGCAAAGUGUACAAAAUGAGGCUUGUAACAAGUCUCAAAUAGAAUGCAGUGAUGGGGAAAACAGGAUAUAUCAUUUGAGGUAGACUGUCUGUUCCCAAUGAAUACUCAAUAUAUGUGUGUAAAGACUCAAUUCAUGCUGGUUCAAGCUAAUAGCACACUUGUCCCCAAGCUACCCUAAAAUUGAAAUAUUGCUUUAACUGUGUUUGUAGAUAAACCUCUUAUUUACCUCUUGUAUAAAGCAUAAAAUAAAACUUCAUUUUGUGAAAUACCGUA